AUGGCCGAUAGCUUGGUCUGGAAAAGGGACUCGAGCGCUCCAGGCUUAGACGGGUGCGCUGCUCUCGAAGGAACGGAUCAGCCUCCCGGCAGCAGCAGCUAUCAGGGGCCUCUUGGCCCCAGCCUCUGCGAGUAUCGUGGAACAGAAAUCAUAUUCUAUCGACAUCCUCAUCUGUGGCUCGUCGACGUCAAAACCCUCAAGUCGCCUGAUCAGCAGGUGUCGAAUAUCUUGGACACAUCAUCGAUUCCGUUUGAGCCCAAGCGCAUCGUAUUGAGCGGCGGCCAAGGAAACCUGCUUGCACUUUUUGACGAGCGCCGAGUGUACGUCAUCCGAAUACCUCCGCUAGCUAUCCGAAAAUCCAAGCCCAUCGUACACUGCAAGUCAUUCCAGGUCGCCUCGUCGGCGCUGUCGGCGCUCGAUGGCGCUCACAUUGUCAAGGUUCUGUGGCAUCCCCUGGCGCCCGAGACGGUGUUGUGCAUACUGACCUCAGAUGGAGUCUUGAGGCUCGUGGAUAUAUCCAGAGAUCCCGAUGUUAUCGACCAGCAGUUUGCGUUCGCAAGCCGAUCCUCACGACGCAGCCACGGCUUCGGGCUGCUGAGGGAUGAGAACGACAUCGUCUCGUUUACUUUUGGCCCAAACUUUGGAUGGGGACCCAUGACAGUCUACGUACUGAUGAAGAACGGUGACCUGUUCUCGAUGUGUCCUGUUGCCCCAACGAUCUGGAAAGCGGAUGCUGUUUCGCUGCUCCAGCUGGAGGAAUUGAACGAGGCGGACUAUCGACUUUCAUCACAAGCCCUCAAACCAGACACACCCGAUCCAGCAAAGGACAAACGGACCCAUACAGAGUCUCCUGAAAACGAGACCCACUUUUGGCGAAACAAGUUUGUCGCCGAUCUAAAUGCCCAGCUCGAGAGCAUCAUAAGCAAGGAGCUCCCUCUGGAUCAGGCCACUCUGACUAUCCCGCGAUCUAUGAAGAGCUUCAAGCCCAAGUGCAUAGGACCGUAUCUCCUCAAGCCCUCGACACAAGAGUCCUUCGAAGACCCAUGCGACAUCCUUUGUCUCGGCUCUGACCAGUUCGCCACGCUUGUUGUUGGAUAUAUGGAUAAAAUGAUUGGCGUCUUCAGCGAGCUCGAGAGCUCGCAGCCCUUCUGGAACAUUGAAGCGGUCAAGGAGCACAGGCCUUGCCGGACUCUCUAUGUUUCGGACUUGCUUUAUCUCGGGACCGAGGUCAAAAGCGACUGGAUGGAGCCCGUGAACAUCAAGCUCUACCGCGAUCCUCAGGCACCCUCCUCGGCAUUUUGCGUUCACUCCAGCGGCAUCUACCAUCUCGAGGUGUUCGCACGCCAAACGGGCUCCGAUACCCUCGAGGCUGCUGAAUCCAGUCGCGUGGAGUUUCUGCUCGACGCCGAGGCUCUCCAAAGUGAUCGAUCCACGAUCGUUGGAUUUACUCCCUGCAAUUCAAGCAUUCUCCAUCCUUGUGUGUUUGUUCUGGACGACACCGGCGCUGGGCUGCUGCUUCCACACACACCCUCCACGCCGGCACCCCGUGAGCCAACCGCAAACCCCUCCUCGAACCAAGAGCAAUCCAUUCUCCUCGAGGGCCAGUUCAACGUGUCAGAGUUCGAUGCCUUGAAUCGAGAUCAGCUCACCAACCUAUUGAAGCUCGUCAAAGACGCCAGGUUUCCAGACGGGCUCAGUGAAGACAACCUCAGCACAGUCGCGCGUUGUGUCCAAAUUCUGUACAAGCAUAUUGAAAAGCUUCUCCUGUCAACGGCCCAUCUCGAGGAGCGUCGAUUGCUUCAGAUCGAAGAGUACAACAGGCAACGAAGCGUCCUUGCAGAUUUAGAAACCACCGUGACCCAGCUUGUCGCGCGAGACUGUCAACGAGAUGUCGAACGAUUCGACCAGAUCAUCGAGACUGACAAGACCCAGCGAGAAAAGGCAGACGCCAUGCUGCAGAUCUUGACCGAUCACACGCAGCCACAAUUGAGUGAGGACGAGAAGAAGUGGUUCAAGCAGCUCAAGCAGCUUCGUCGAAACCUGAGGGGAUUCAAAGACGACACAGACAAGAUCGAGAAAGCUAUGACUCGCCUCAGUUUAGAGACAGACGAUGACGCCGAGCCAGCUGUUGAGCUGGGAACGAAGCAAAGGAAUCUCCUUCAUCGCUUGAUGGACGAUAGCAAUCAGCUUCUGCAGCGGUCGCAGCGCACGACAGCUGUCCUCAAGAACAAGCUCAAUCGUGCCGAAUAA